AUGGCCCCCACACUCUACAUUGCCCACGACACCUGCUCUCGCGCCACGCAGCUCAUCGCCAACGAGCUCAACCUCGACCUCGAACUCGUCCAUUUCGACGUCGUCGGCAAGAGCACCUCCAACGGCGAUGACUUCGCCGCCGUCAACCCCCUCCUGUACGUCCCCUGCCUGAAGUUGGACAACGAGAACCAGGACAUCAUCUCCGAGACCAUCGUCAUCUGCUCCUACCUCGCCGACCAGCACCCCGAGGCCGGCCUCAUCCCCACAGCAGGCACUCUGGACCGUGUCAAGUACGACCAGGUCCUCGUCCAGCUGGCCACCGAGGUUGCCCAGAAACACAUCCCUCUGAUGCGCAAGCUCAUGACUCCUGAGGGCAUCGAAUUCCACUCCAAUAAGCUCAAGAAGGCCUACAAGCUGCUCGACGAUCGCCUGGCUAUUAAUCCCUACCUGUUUGGUGAGAACCUUACCGUUGCCGAUGCCUACGUCUGGGGCACCCUGUGGAACAGCCGCUCUGGUGUUGACAUCAGCCACCUAAAAAACAUUGCUGCCUGGAAGGAACGCCUUGAGGCUCGUCCCGCUGCUAUUAAGACCCUUGAGGAUGAGGCCGAGAUUGUCGCUCUUCACAAGGCCAAGAUUGCUACUUCUAGCGCCUAA